UGGUAAUGCUUUUGUUCGUGUAGACAGAAGAGAAAUGGAUCCUCGGAUAACUGUUUGUUUGGUGAUGUCAUUGGCAACUCAAGUGAGAGCCCUGGCCUGUAACCUCUCCCAGAAAAAUGGAAGUCAUCAGUGCUAUGGGGUUUCUGGAGAGCCUUUGUAUUUACACUUGAUUGCAAACAGCAAUAAUGAAGGUAUAUCGCUGAAAAAAGGUGAUACGAUUGUUCUGAAAUCAACAACAAAAUCCUCAAAACUUACCCUAUCAGAUGAGAAACGCUCUGAGUUCUUAAAUGGAACAUUCAGGCUGAAUGAAGCCAUGCGAAAAGACUCUGGUGAUUACACAAUUGAAAUCCAUGAUACAAGAGGAAAACUGCUUCGUCUUAUCAACAUGCAACUUGAUAUACAGGUCCCGGUGUCGCCUCCAAUGUUAUUUCACAUCUGUGUGCGUCAUGAAGAGGCCGUGGGCAUAUGUAUCUCAGAUGGAGAUGAUCUUCAGUACAGCUGGACCCUGAACAGCCAGAUUCUGAACAGUGGUGUACCCUACAAUGUUGUCAAACUGAAGAACAAUGAUACCGGAGAAUUGACCUGCAUUGUUCAGAAUAACGUUAGCAGCCAGAACUCCACCAUUGUUGCCACAGCCUGCCAAGAUGUUUCUUCCCAGUUUCUCUUUCUAGCAGUGACAUUGGCUGUGGUUCUGACUGUUACUCUUAUAAGUCUCCUUAAACUGUUUAACCAUAUAAGAAAGAAACAAAGAUGCAGAUGUGAUACCUCAGACAAUGGAAAUAAUGAGCAUGUUGUCUACGCUGAUGUGAGAGUAAACAAGCAAAGAAAGCAAACAAAGAAGCAGUCCUCAGCAACAGAGAUUGAGUAUGGACAGAUGAAAAACACCAGACGUGGCAGGCAGCCCAUAGACACAUUUUAACCACCAUAUGUAGCUUUGCAAAUCAGAAAGAAGUCAAGGGAUGACUAAACACGCCUUGUAUGCAUGCACUGAUAGAGAAUAUCAUAAGAAUAAAUUCAUGCAAUAAUGAAUUUAUUAUCGUAAUUUAAAGGGUCAAGAAAUGCUUUAUUAACUAGUACUAAUAACUAAAGUUCCUUUUUAUCCAUUGGUUAGGCCGGUGUAGGCCGUGCAUACACACUUUAUCAAUGGUUUGUGUGAACA